AUGGCACCCUGCCGCUGCACCCUAGUUACCUCGGCCACUCUCUACCUCCUUUUCAUGGUCCUCUGUCCCCACCGAACCACAGCACCCCCCACGAAGGGCCACCUGCUGCUGUGCCAGCCAUACCAGAAGUGUGGAGACAAAUUCUUCGACCCUCUGCAGCAAUGCUGCCACGAUGAUGCUGUGGUGCCCUGGAACAGGACCCAGGGCUGCGGGGAAUGCAUCUACAAGGUCUGUGAGGAGCAGUGCUGCGCCCCGCACACUUUGCACAACUUGCUCAUCGUCAAGCCAAGGGGCCAGGACUGCCAGGCGAGCAUAGCCCCAGAAGACCGACUCUGUCCGGGCAAGAUCCUGCCCUUUGCCUAUAACAAGCAUGGCUGCGAGUAG